CCUACUUUUGGGAGUGAGCAUAACGAGCUAAUGUCAUCUCCAGGCCUCUGGGCCAGCUCCUCCCAUAUGGAGAGGCUCAGAGAUCAUUACCAUAUCCUAAGGAAAAUCAACAAGGGCAAUUAUGCUGACGUGAUGCUGGCCCAGCACUUGUCCACUGGAAUGACAGUGGCCGUCAAAGUAUUACCAAAGGGAGGGAAUUCUGAUCACAUCGCGUCAGAGGUCAACAUCAUGAAAUCACUGCAGCAUCCGAAUGUCAUCAGGUUAUUGCAAGUUAUCGAGACAGAGGAGGAAGUGUGCAUGGUGAUGGAAUACGUGAGCGGAGGAGAGCUGCUACAUCACAUCCGGGAGACCAGUGGCCUGCAGGAGGAGGAGGCUAGAAGAAUAUUUUGGCAGAUCAUCUGUGCUAUUCAAUACCUCCACGAACAAGGCAUCGUUCACGGGGAUCUUAAAUCAAAUAACAUCUUGCUAGAUGAGGAUGGCACAGUUAAAAUCUGCGACUUUGGAGAGGGGACCAAGAUUGCUCCUGAGCAGAAUCUGAACAAGAUCUGCAGCCCUCUGCCAGACACUGCCCAGGAAACACUGCUGUGCAGAAGACAGCUAUUCGCUGGGGACAUUUGGAAGCUCGGUGUCAUCCUCUAUGAGGUCAUGGCGGGGUUAACACCAUUCAAGGAGAUCCAUCCCUUUCGUCUGAAACAGCAGAUCCUGCAGGGCAGGCACUACUGUCCCCAUACCUUCUCCACAGACCUGCAAAAUCUGAUUGGCACACUUCUCACCAUCAACAACUCGCAGUGCCCAACACUAGAGGAAAUCUCGCGGCACCCAUGGCUCCACCAGGGUAAACCACCUUCUCCUCCUCCUCCUGAUCUGCUGCCAGAAUGCCCAAAACCUGAGAUCCUAAAGUUGAUGUUCGCCUUAGGCCACAACCCUGAAGAAGUAAAAGAAUCCCUACGGUUAAAAAAAUAUGACCACCGGAUGGCCACCUAUCUCAUUCUGGAACGCCAAGCAAGACAGGGAACAGGCAUUCGCAUCAGAGUGAAGCCAGCAAAUGAGGGCGACACAUCAUCUCCAGAUCCCACAGAUGCUACCCCCUCAGCUCUCCUCCAGAGCAGUGGUGUCCCUCAGCCUGCCCCCAGAAAUGACGCCUUUCUCCCAGGGAAUCAGCUUGACAGGAAACAUGAGCUCUGCACGACUGCAAAAUGCACCGCAACCUGCCAGCCUUGCACCGAGUCAAUGUCCUCUAGCUCCUGUAAGGAGAGGCUGUGCUGGCAGAGGGUGAAGAGGGGGAUUGCAGGAUUUGUGCAGAAGCUGUGCAGUUGCUGCCUGCUAUCCCAGAAAAAGAACCGAGUGGUUCCAAUUGGAUAAAAAGAUAAGGCCUGAUAAGGACUGAUUGGACAGCAAAGGGAGAUCAGCUAAGCAUGGACUUAAGUGACUACCAGACAUUCAGACCACAAUGUCCCCAGCUUGCCUGAGCCAGAGACCUCCAGCUCAGAAGGAGAGGCACGUAACACUGGCCAACUAGAGGACACCCCCAACAUUUCAGAAUAUCUCAGGAGAAAUAAUCUGAUUGGCUAAGGAGGUUCAGACCCCCCCCAAUCGACCAAUCACUGUGAAGUGAGGUGCUUGGGUAAAUCAGUCACUGAAGAAAAGGGGAGGAAUGAGCUGGAUGGAUAAGAAGCAUGUACUACAGUACCUGGAAGCAAAGAAGAUUUAAACAUGCUUUUAUAUUUGUAUUCAUCACAAAGUUCC